UGUUUAUUAUUUUUUACUAAUAAAAAAAAAUACAUUUUUUUUUCAAAUUUUAUAAUUGACUUUUUUUAUUUCUUUUCUCAUAAAAAAAAUUUGGUGGAUCCAUAGUAAUUUUAAAACACUCGUUGAGUUACAAGCAUUUUAAUUGAUAGAUUAAUGAUAGGGUAUGGAUCGGAAGCGGAGUAUACGAAUCAGGGCUGUUACGUUAUAAACGUGUUUAAAACACCAAACAUUUUAAAAUUUACAAUGAUUAUAUUGGACAUUUUAAAUGGUUUUUUUAUGUGUUUUUUAAUAACCCUGAUAGUACAUAGCAUACAGUUUUAAUUAAUUUCAGUUCUGAAAUAACAAUAUUAAAUUUUUUAUCUGGCCUAACUAGUUACUUGUUAAAGUCAUAUGUUAGAAAUAACAAAUUAUUAUCAGUAAAUUUAAUAACUAAUAUCAAAUAACUCACAUUUCAUCUUGAGAAUUUAUUCUCUCAACUGAAGAGAAAUUUAACAUUUCUUGUGAAAUGAUGCCACCUUUCUAUAAAAAUGUAAUGAAUUUGAAGCGAUAUCAUGGUUUACCAUCUUUAUAUUUUAGGGGUUUUCAAACCAGUACAGUUUAUAAACAUCCUUGUAAAGAAAGCAGACCUAUUUCAAAACUUGUUGCACGUUCAAUAUUUGACUCAAGGGGUAAUCCUACAGUUGAAGUCGAUUUAACUACUUCUGAUGGAAUAACAUUUCGUGCAGCUGUACCAUCUGGUGCAAGUACUGGUACUUAUGAAGCAUUGGAACUUCGUGAUAAUCAAAAGUGCAAUUAUCUUGGAAAAGGUGUAAAAACCGCCGUUAAUAAUAUAAAUUGUCUCAUUGGACCAGCUCUUAUAAAAUCUGGUAUUCAAGUCACUGAGCAAAAGGCCAUUGAUAAUUUUAUGAUCCAGUUAGAUGGAACUCCUAACAAAUCAAAACUUGGAGCUAAUGCAAUUUUAGGUGUCUCAUUAGCUAUAGCUAAGGCAGGUGCUUCCAGAAAAUCAAUUCCUCUUUAUAAACAUAUAGCUGAUUUGGCUGGAAAUAAAAAUAUAAUUUUACCUGUUCCGGCCUUCAAUGUUAUAAAUGGAGGGUCUCAUGCUGGUAAUAAGUUGGCCAUGCAAGAGUUUAUGAUUUUACCAACUGGUGCUUGUUCUUUUACUGAAGCUAUGAAAAUAGGAGUAGAAGUAUACCACAAUCUAAAAAGUGUUAUCAAAACAAAAUUUGGUUUAGAUGCAACUGCUGUUGGUGAUGAAGGUGGUUUUGCACCUAAUAUUUUAGAAAAUAUAGAAGGUCUGCAUUUGAUUGAGAUUGCAAUUGACAAGGCUGGGUAUCAGGGAAGAGUUGAUAUUGGUAUAGAUGUUGCUGCUUCUGAAUUUUAUGUUGAUGGUAAAUAUGAUUUGGAUUUCAAAAACAAAUCAAAAUCUAAAGAUAAAAGUCAGAUUAUUUCUACGGAAAAAUUAACUGCAUUAUACAAGGAAUUCAUUAAUAAAUUUCCUAUUGUUUCAAUAGAGGAUCCAUUUGAUCAAGAUCACUGGGAUGCUUGGGCAUCACUUACAAAAACAACUGACAUUCAAAUUGUAGGUGAUGAUUUAACAGUAACAAACCCAAAACGGAUUGCUGAGGCUGUUGAAAAAAAAGCUUGUAACUGCUUGUUAUUAAAAGUAAACCAAAUUGGAACCGUAACAGAAUCUAUUGAUGCAUAUUUAUUGGCUAAAAAAAAUGGUUGGGGAACAAUGGUAUCUCAUCGAUCUGGAGAGACUGAAGAUACUUUUAUUGCUGAUCUAGCUGUUGGUCUAAGUACGGGACAAAUAAAAACAGGUGCACCAUGCCGCUCUGAACGUCUAGCUAAGUAUAAUCAAAUUUUACGUAUUGAAGAGGAAUUGGGUUGUGAUGCUAAGUAUGCUGGAAAAAAAUUUCGUUGUCCUCAUUAAAAAGUUGUUCAUGUUUUAGAUGUUAAGGAGGUGGCCAUUAACUUGUAGGUGCAUUGUGAGCACUUAAUACUAAAUUAUAGUAAUUCAGUAUCUUUGCUAAAGUGUUUCCACAGUUGUAUUUUUACCAUUGUUUAGCACACCAAACACUAUAUAGAUAGGGUAUCCUAUUAGGACUUCUUCUAUAUUAGUGUUACUAAUUUGUUUUAGAAUCAGAUAAACAUAAAAAUAACAAAAAAUAUUUGAACACUACCAAAAUAUUGUCUGCAUUUUGUCAAUUCUUGAAGUUUCCCAAAUAAAAUGUUUAGUGUUAAUUGUUUACUAAUUACUAAUAUUUAGUUUAAUUUAGUCAAUCUUAAUAAGGUUGACUAAAAAUUAUAAAUUCUAAAUUUUUAUUUGAUUAAUAUGUUUUUCUGGUUAUUUAAGAAAAUUUGUAAUAUUGUAAAAUUUUAUAUUAAAAAUGUUUUUUAGUUAAUAAUCCAAAUGUUAAACUAAAUUGACUAAUUUUCUUUUAUAAGACUGAUGAAUAUGUGAAAUUAAUUUUAUCAUUUAUAAUGUUAACUGUUUAAUUAGUUCAAAUUAUUUGGUUUAAUAGUUAUGAAAUGAACAAUUUUUUUUAUUGUUUUGUUUUUAUUAGUCUGUAGUAUAAAUAUAAAACUUGGCAUGCA